UGUGAAGAAGCAGCGCGAGCGACCCCCGGACAGACCGAGCCCGCGCGCCGCCGUCUCUCCCCGCCCCCGCGUCCAGCGCCGACGUCCCCCACCGUCGCCAUGCCCAAAAGAAAGGCCGAAGGGGAUGCUAAAGGAGAUAAAGCCAAGGUGAAGGACGAGCCACAGAGAAGAUCUGCAAGGUUAUCUGCUAAACCUGCUCCUCCAAAGCCAGAGCCCAAGCCUAAAAAGGCCCCUGCAAAGAAGGGAGAGAAGGUACCCAAGGGGAAGAAAGGGAAGGCUGACGCCGGUAAGGAUGCAAAUAAUCCUGCGGAAAAUGGAGACGCCAAAACAGACCAGGCACAGAAAGCUGAAGGUGCUGGAGAUGCCAAGUGAUGUGUGUGCAUUUUUGAUAACUGUGUACUUCUGGUGACUGUACAGUUUGAAAUACUAUUUUUUAUCAAGUUUUAUAAAAAUGCAGAAUUUUGUUUUACUUUUUUUUUUUUAAAGCUAUGGUGUUAGCACACAGAACACUUCAUUGUUUGGGGGAAAAGAACAUACGUGUCACUAACAAAAUGUCUCCCAAGCUGGAUUGAUGAUGGAAAACAUUUUUCCCUGAUAAUUCUGAAAGAUUCUGUUGGCUCCCAGAAGGGACAUCGAGGUGUUGGCAUAUGUGGUCGCCAUGGCACAAAAUGCCUUGUGGUGUGGGAAAACUAAAUUCAUUUUUGUAUUCUCCUCCCCCUGUACCGUCAACAUUGACUUAACUCCCUUAAAACCAGAGACCUGCUGGAACCUGACCUCCCCUCCCCAAAUUGGUUUUCCGGUCUAUUGGGUGAUCUGGACUUUGCAGUGACAUCAUGAGUGUCCUCAGAAGAACGGUGGUUCCUUUUAUAAAAAAUUGUGGAUCUUCAGAUUGCAUAUCAAUUUUCGUUUCCUUUCCUGAAAGUCAGGGUCGGCUUGUGAAAAGUUGUUAAACAACAUCCUUAAUGUGAAAUGUCAACCCUCACUCUAAGCUACUUCCCCCUUUUCAAAGCAUUGAAUGAAGAUUUCAUUGGGUUUUAUAGUGGCUUUCUGAUUUUGGUAGUCUAUACAAGAAGGGAGUUGGAAGUUCUUGUAUACUGUUAAUGAUUGUCUGCCCAUGUCCUGCCUGAAAUACCAUGAUUGUUUAUGGAAAGUAUCUUUAAUAAAGCUGGAUACAUUA